AAUCCCACCCACUCUCAUUUCCAGUAGGUUAUCCAGAGAGCUAUUGUUUUCUUCAUCCCAUCUUGGAUCUGGAUUCUCACUUUGUAUCUAUGGAAAUCACGUCGAAAGAUCAUAUCGUCAUACUUAAUUUCAUGUGUGUGUGUGUGAGUGAGAGAGACACACAGAAACAUGCUAUGCAUAGCGGUAUCUUCAGUCCUCGGUUAUAUUUCUGUCCUGUGCUAUCUGGUGGGUCUCCUUCCACUGGCUGACCUACUUCUCUGUAACUCUGCCUGCCAGGUUGAGUUUGACACUCAAGUCUGGACAGAGAGUGGACACACAUAUUGAAUCUGACUUACCUUGGUUUACUCAACACAGCCAGAACCUAAACACAGCCAUGGAGCAGGAGCUUGCAGAGGAGACUGAGACGCAGGAAGUUACUCCAGAUGCUGAGCUGGCAGCAGCUAUCAUGAAGAGACAUUUCCAUCCGUCUCUGAUCAGAUCCGAAGCGUGGGAGGGAUAUAUGUUUUCCGAUCUAGAGAUUAAAAUCAAAGAGUCGACUGAUUGUUACGGUGCUGUGCUGUGGCCCUCGGCCAUGGUGCUGUGUCAUUUUCUUGAAACCCAUCAGGAAAACUAUAACCUUGUAGAUAAGAACGUCAUCGAGAUUGGUGCUGGAACAGGACUGGUUACUAUAGUGUGCAGCCUUCUAGGUGCAAAAGUGACGUCCACAGACCUCCCAGAUGUUCUUGGUAACCUGCGCUAUAACGUGAGCCGCAACACCAGGGGGCGCUGUCGUUACGAGCCACAUGUGACAGAGCUCACCUGGGGGCAGCAGCUAGAAGAGCGAUUCCCACGCGCAUCGUGUCACUAUGACUACCUCAUGGCUGCAGAUGUUGUUUACUCCCACCCAUACCUCAACGAACUGAUGGAGACGUUUGAACACCUGUGCUCAGAGGACACUGUAAUAUUUUGGACAAUGAGAUUCCGCCUGGACCCUGAGAAUCGCUUCGUGGACCGAUUUAGAGCCCGCUUUCAUUUGGAAGAGCUUUAUGACUUACCCAGCCUACACAUUAAGCUGUACAGAGCGCAAAAGAAAAUCUCAGGCUCGAAAAGUCAUUCUGGGGCCGCAGCGUAGUAUUCGGGAUGGCAACCGUGCGGGAUUUAUUGUUCAUAGGUGUGUGUGUUUUAAACUCCCGAAUUCACUGUGGGUGUGCUAAUAAAUUUGCUGUGAAAAUC